AUGCGUCGCUGCGGCCGCAUCCUCACAGUCUUUUCAAUUCUCUGUCUUGCAACUCUCUCGCUCGCUAUCUCCCAGCCACAGCAGGAUGCCGGCCUCCACCGCCGCAGCCUGAUUGAGCGCCACGCUCUCCUCGCUGCCCGCCAAGACAAUGCUGGCGGGAGCACCGGCGGGGACAACAAUGAUGAUGCCGAUGACGGCGCUAACGAUGGCGGAAAUCCACCCAGCGGCUCGGGUACUUCAACCGCUGCGGCCGAUCCGGCGUCUACCUCAACUACGGCGCUUCCGGCAACAAGCUCGACUGCCGUCUCAACCAGCCGUCAAACCUCCUCUUCGGCUGCGCCAACUUCGACGACCGUCGCGUCUUCGUCGACAUCGACCUCGGCGACUUCCUCUAGCACGAGCACGUCGAGCUCCACUUCGUCUUCAUCCACCGCGUCUAAAACCUCGUCUACCACCACCUCUACCACCACUACUUCUACCUCGGCAGCCUCGUCUACCACUAGCACGUCGACCUCGUCAUCCGUCGUCAGCACAACCCAGACCAAGACGACUGCAUCGCAAGUGGCUCAGGGUGGCGUGAAGACCGUGACCUCGACACUGCAAGUCGCGGCGAGUAGCACCAGUACCGAGACCGCUCCUACGGAGUCGGUGGUAGCAGCGGCCGCCGCUAAGGGAGCUAGUUCCAACGGCUUCUUUUCCAACAAAGGAGCCGUCGCUGGUACAUUCACCGCUGUCGGUCUCGUUGUCGUAGCAGCCGUCGGGUUCCUGUUCUAUCGCCGUCGUCAGAAUCAGCGUCGGUAUGAGGACGAUGAGUUCUUCGAGAAAUACCCAACUACCAACGACGCUGCUCCUCAUGCUGGUACGGACUACGACGCGACCACGGAUCCUGAUGCUGGCCACACCACUCAAGUUGCCCCUGCCAAUGCGUACCCGCCUCGUGAUAUCCACUAUGGCAAUGACACGGGAUACGGCGAUUCGUAUAAUGGCGCCACACCACGCCCGCCCAAGGACAACGGCGGGUAUAACCCGCACGCAGCGAAUGAGUAUGGUGACGCGGGCAAUUACUCUUCGUGGCUUGGUCCCCCGCCUCAAGCUGCUGGAUACAGUGGUGGAGAGACAGACUCGCGCCCGAAUACGCAAUUUGCCGGCGUCGGUGCAGGCUUUGCUUCCAAUCACCUCCCUCAGCAAUACCAGUCAGCACACGAGGAUCUUCUCGCCGACGAUGGCCAGGCUGCAUACACCCAAGGACAGUACCAGGGCUACGAUAGUCAACAGGACCCAUACGCAGGACAGCAGCAGUAUCAGGAUCAGACGUACGUUAUGAGCACGGCGACGGCUCACCCUUUCGCUGACCCGGCAAAUGUCACCCGCGGUUAUGGUGCAACGAACGCCGGCGGUCCCAUCAUGGCGCGGACCACCUACGACAGAGAGUCUGGCGACUCCUUCUACGGCACCGGGCAAGCUGCCUGA